AUGGCAUACACAAGGACAUUUCUGCAAGCACUUUGCAGUUUCUUUCUGGUACUAGCAGUUGCGGAAGCACUGAAAUUCGACAUUGACGCUUACCACAAAGGAGACAAGAAGGCAGAGAGAUGUAUUAGGAAUUUUGUGGCUAAGGAUACUUUGGUGGUGGUUACUGCUACCAUUGAUGGUUCAAAGGGGGAUGGCAUGCAAGUCGAUAUGCAUAUUAAAGAUGCCGUUGGAAAUGAAUAUGGAAAACCAAAGGAUAUUGUAGGCGAAAAGAGAAUGGCCUUCACAUCUCACGCCGAUGCGUCAUUUGAUGUUUGCUUCUACAAUUACUUUACAGCCUCAAACCGUGUUAACAAUCCCCGCCGCCACGUUGAACUCGAUAUUGACAUUGGAGCCGAUGCCAAAGAUUGGUCUGCCGUUCAAGCUACAGAAAAACUUAAGCCAGUCGAAACCGAAUUACGGCGCAUUGAGGAAAUGGUCGCAGAAAUUGUUGCGGAAAUGGAAUAUCUUAGACACAGAGAACAGAAAUUGAGAGACACAAAUGAGAGCACGAAUAACAGAGUUAAAUGGUUUGCAUUUGGAACUAUGGGAAUGUUGGUAUCAUUGGGAGCUUGGCAGAUUAUCUAUUUGAGGGCGUAUUUCAGAUCAAAGCAUCUUAUUUAG